AUGAAGGAGAAUGGUUCGCAAGGGCACGCCGAGCAGGCUCAGAAGGCCUUUGCGACCCUCCUGCCCAGGGCUGGUGACCAGCAGCCACAGCCUUCUCCUCCUGGUGCCGAUGCAAGCUCCUCUGCCGUGCAGACGCAGGCUUGUGAUCUCAAGGACUUGUCCUGUACAGACGACCUUCAACAACUUCGCAAGGACAUGGAGGCUCAACAGGAGAGAGAGUUCGAGAAGAUGAGCCAGCUCCUCCAG